AUGUCCGCUGCUACAACAAAAUCGAGAGUGGUGUCUGCACCUCGGAUAAAAACCACGGGAUAUAUUUAUGAUCUGCCAUUGUCAGUUACCCGAGAAUUGUGCAAUCAUUUGGAUGGUCUGGGUAUAUGGAGGCAAGUGGCACAGACGAUGAAUUUCAGUGAGGCGGAUAUACAAAGUAUGGCCAGAAAAAUAAAGAGUACCGGUGAAUCGCCCACAAAUGAAUUGCUUAACAUCUGGGGUGGCAAAUAUAAUCACAAAAUAUUGGAACUUUAUAAAGUUUUAUACAAACUCAAAGCCUUUCAAGGUAUGCGUAUACUCAAAGAUUAUGUUCCCCGAGAAUUUACCCUUCUAAUACCCGAAAGUGAGCCAGCAUUUAGUCAAAUUUUACCUUCAGAAUGCGAUGAAGGUAGACCACGAACCAAUAAUAAUAAUCAUAUGGGUUCGAACUCACCAUCAAGUGGUAUUAUAUCCUCAACAAAUUCCACGAUUGUAUCUUCCGAUAAUAAUAAUACAAGUCAUAAUAGAAACAAUAACAACAAUAAUCCUUCAUGGAGAAGUCGUUCCAAUUUACAGCCCGCAAAUCACCAGCCACCCCAUCAACCAGUCACAGAAAAAAUAAUCAAUAAACACCAUGAUACGGGUCUACCGGAAAUCGAUUAUAAAGAACUCACAGUGGGUACAAACAAUUGGGAUGAACGUUAUCGUUUGGGUAAGGGCGGUUUUGGCAUUGUCUAUCGUGGUGUUUGGAAAAUGACCGAUGUUGCCAUCAAGCUAAUGACCUAUAAAGAUUCCGAUGGCCAGGAGCAGGCAAAAAUUGAAUUACAACAAAGUCGUAAUGAAUUGAAUUGUUUGUAUCGUUAUCGUCACGACAAUAUCCUGCCAAUAUAUGGUUAUUGUAUUACCGGGGAGAAGCCAUGUUUGGUAUAUCAGUUGAUGAGGCGUGGGGCAUUAUAUGAUCACUUGAAUACGAAUAAAUAUCCACCGUUGACAAUGCAAAAGAGAAUUAAUAUAAGUGCGGGAACGGCUAAAGGCCUAUUAUUCCUACACACCCUGCUGAAGGAUAAAUCUCUCAUCCAUUGUGACAUUAAACCGGGUAAUAUUCUAUUGGAUCAAUGUCUACAACCGAAAAUCGGUGAUUUUGGUUUGGCCCGUGAGGGUCCCGGUGAUGAUUCGUAUAUUACCGUUGAUCAUGUUUAUGGCACGCGCGGCUAUUUGCCACCCGAAUUUGCCGAUUUACGACGACUCAGCAAACACGUCGAUACCUUUAGUUUUGGUGUGGUAUUAUUGGAAAUGUUCACCGGUCUGCCAUCGGUGGUGGAUAAUAAGAAAUUCCUAAAGGAUUACAUAAAAUUGCAACAAAAAACCAAAACCAUCGAGCAGUUAAUGGAUAAACGUGCCGAGCUGAGUGACGAAGAGAAAUUGCUGUGCAGAAUUGGCAUUGAAUGGGGAUUGGAAUGUAUACGGGAUGAUCCACUGCAAAGACCAAAUAUGGAAGUUUUAGUUAAGGUAUUUAAUAGUUAUGCAGCUGUGGAUUAG